AUGGCGUCACUGCACUCGACGUCCGCACCCGUACAUCUCCCGCGCAUCGCGAUUUCGUACUGUACGCAGUGCAGAUGGAUGCUGCGGGCUGCUUAUUUUGGCCAGGAAUUGCUGUCGACGUUUGGCACGCAGAUUGGAGAGAUUGCGUUGAUACCGUGUACGGGUGGGUUGUUCGAGGUGGAGUUGAUGUAUUGUGUGGAUGGAGAGGGGCGGGGAGGUGAAGGCGAAGGCGAGGUUGAAAGUAAAGGGACAAGCAAAGGUGAAGAUAAAAUCCAGGUGAAGAAGGUUUUAAUCUGGGAUCGCAAGGCUGAGGGUGGGUUUCCUGAGACAAAAGUUUUGAAACAGAGAUUGAGAGAUCAUAUCGAUCCGUCUCGUGACUUGGGACAUUCGGAUAAAGGCGGCAAGGCGAAGGCUGCUGUGGAUGAGGCGGGUGUGGUGGUGGGGAAGAAGAAGGAGGAGCUGGGGAAGGGCGGUGUAGAGGUUGCAGAGAAGAAGCAAGCUGAGGUUGGGAAAAUGGGUGGGGCGGCAGUGAAGAGAAAUCCUGAUGGGAGUGUUUACUUCUCAGUUUUCCCCCAGAUCCACCGAGGGAGAAAACCUCUCGUAACCACAAGGACCAUCCAAAUGAACAACAAGUACUACGCCGCAGGGUCGUCCUCUACACAAAACGCAGCACCUACACAAGCAAGUGGAGCCCCAUCUUUCGACACCUACAGUGACUUUGUGACCUACCUUGCUGGCAGAAAAUGCCCUGGAUGCAACACAACCUUCCUCUGCAGCAGCAAAGAAGUCGAGUUGUUAUUCCAGAGCUGGCUUAACAAGACUCCGUGUCAGAUCCAGUUCAAAACCUGCUCGAAAUCGGCGUGUAUUGUGUGUUUCGGCCGAUCAGGCACGCCGAUCCAACGCAAUGCAGGAAGUACCAAGAUGAGCUGGUGUUGUAGUCGCGGCCGCUUGUUCAUUAUCUGGAUCAUGCUCUGCGGCUUCGACCAGGUAUACUGUGACAGAAAACUCCGCGAAGCAUCAACCAGUGGUCAGACUGCGUCAAAAUUUGCCAAAAAUGGGGUGGGAUAUACUGUUGGCUUUGGUGGCGGCAUGUACGGGUUGCAUGGUCGGCAGCGGGGAGGUUCAGCAGGGCAAGAUGCCCAAAAGGAGCAGGCCGAGAGCGCAGAAAGAAUGUCUGAUCACUUCGAUGAGGCGGUUUUCUCGUCUCUUGCGGUAUUAUGUCCCUCGCCGCAUCAUGAUCGCGACAAGAGUAGUUUCGAUGUGCAUCCUCCCCGGGCCGUCACGUCAAUGCUGGUACACAGUAAGAUCCUCGAUAAGCCGGCCGAACUAUUGAGGAAUGACAGCCGGGAUAACGCAACGCAGCGGAAAGAUCUAUAUAUGGCUUUGAUCGGUUUUCUGAAGCGUGUGGGCGUACAUGAGAUUUCCAAAAUUGACGUCAUCUUCAAGGAAAGAAUCGUUUUGCCAAAGAAUGAUAACCUCCUGACCCUAUCUUUCAAGGGACCGCCUCCUAGGACGACUGAGACAGCAUCUUCACUUUCUGACGGCCUGCGGCGACUGAUUAUCCAAAGCGAUACAAUGAUGCGAGGGGCUUUGAAUAAUCGACAAGAGUUCCAAGAUAAGCGAGGUCAGGACAUGCUCUGGCUUUGUCGAGAGAUCUCAGGCUUGUCGACGAGAGACAAAGAUCUUUGGCCAACAUAUUAUUAUACGCCGCAAGCACACAUGUUGCACGAGUCGCCAUCAGGAAGAAUUACAAGACUGAUUACUGAGAUAACAACGCUCAAAACAGGGUUGCCUGGAGGGACUUUUGUGAAGCACGCGAUGUCGAGACUUGACGGCAUGAGCAUCUUGAUCAUUGGACCAGAAGUCUGUCUCUCGCUUCUCGGAACAUGGACGAGCGGAGCGAAAGGCGAAGAUUGGCAACCGGGCCAGUCCACAAUAUUACAAGUAUUGAUCAGUGUUCAAGCAAUGAUCUUUUGCGAGCAUCCUUUGGGUAACGAGCCCGGCCUUGCAUCUCUUGUACAUUGCCAAAAGCCAUCAUCUCAAUGUACGAAUCGGAUGCUACAUGGACACACGGUCAAGUGCAGUUUGAUGCGCUAUGCCCAACACAUGCCUGUCCUGUGUAAGGAGGUAGUGGAGCAGCACUUUCGGGCCAAUGGGCACAAAAUUUUAAAAAUUGUAGAAAAAUGGGCUAAGGAGUGCAAAGAACCAACCAGCAAGGCGAAGUUGGUUAAAUACGGCGCCACAUAUGUUCCCGAGAAGAAUGUUACGUGCAUUGUGAGUAUGAGAUUGCUGUCGACUGCGUGGUCGUUGAAGGUCUUCGGCGCAUCGUUGAUCCUAGCGCGAUUGGUCCAUGCGUGUACCGGUACCGCGAGCUGCCCUACAUCACUGAUGGGCUGGAGUACAUAA